AUGGUACUACGACGGGAGGCUGGGCUUGUAAAAAUCGUCCCGCAGCAAAAAAAACGCCCCCCACCCCCGCACGACCUCCUCCUUCUCCCGCACGACCUCCUCCUCCUCCUCCCGCAGCCGCGUCGUUCGCCUCCCGCAGCCGCGCCCUUCACCGCUGCCUCGCGCCGCGGGUCGCCGGGAGCCUCCCAGCUGCGGGAGCCCGCCCCACCGCGGGUCGCCGCCUCCGCCCGCGCCCUUCACCGCUGCCUCGCGCCGCGGGUCGCCGGGAGCCUCCCAGCUGCGGGAGCCCGCCCCACCGCGGGUCGCCGCCUCCGCCCGCGCCCUUCACCGCUGCCUUGCGCCGCGGGUCGCCGGGAGCCUCCCAGCCGUGGGAGCCCGCCCCACCGCGGGUCGCCGCCUCCGCCCGCGCCCUUCACCGCUGCCUCGCGCCGCCAGAGCCACGGGAAGCGGCCGCGGGUCGUCGGGAGCCUCCCAGCCGCCGGAGCCGCCCCGCCGCGGGUCGCCGCCUCCGCCAAGCCGCCACUCCGCCACCGCCACGCAGCCACGCUGCCACUCCGCCGGAGUCGCAAGAUUUCGGAAAUUUGUAGUCCAAGCAACUCAUAUUUUGAAGUUUUGUUGCUUACAUGUCUCCAUUGGAGAAAAGGGACCGGGCUAAUUGGAACUACAGAUGGCCACCGAUGUAAGAACUCAUCUCCACAGAGGUAAACGUUUGUGUUUGCAUUUCCUCGUAGUUUCCUUUUCAGUUUCUUGUAUCAUGUGAUUUGAGGCAGAUUUAAGAACUCAUCUCCAAGCUGUAGUUUAAGAGGGCCUACAGAUGGCCAUCUAAUUCUGUUCAGGUACAGAUGGCCAUAUCAUUUUGUUCAGGUACAGCUGGGUUGAUGAUUUGAUUUUCUUAUCAUCCAAUGUUACCUCAAAAACCAUUUUUAUUGAGGUAGUGUUUGUGAACAGAUUAAUUGCUCAAACCUUUUUGCUGUCUCUAUUCAAGUUGAUUGUUGUGUGAAAAGUUAGCUGCUUACAUGUCCAGAUUGGUACUGCAAAGAUCAUGUUGCUGGUAUCCCAUGAAUGCCAGUUGUGUGAUUGUUUCUAGCAAUUUUCGGAGCCUUAUGAUCGUCAUGCAUUUUUGCCUGCAGUGCAUACAUAAUAUUUCCUAUGUCCGCCUUUAGAAGGUUUGCUGCCAUACUAUCGAUUGACAGUGCUUUUAUGCGUUCUUCUUGACCGUUGGUGGACUCUAUAUGAAUACUGCUCCAAAAAAUCAAUCCUACCGGCCAUCGCCGCACUGAUCGCUAUGGCAUUUUGGUGGCGCUUCCUGGUAAUACUAGGCAUCUAUUCUGAUAUUAUUGGCGACCAUUAUAGAAUUUUGUUUGUGGUUUCUGCAAUUUACACUGAAAUUUAGCUAAUCAGUAUAUCAUGGUUUUACAGUUCGUAUAAUGAGUAAAUAAUAUACAUUCCAAUGGGAGGACAAACUUUUGAUGCUGGUGAAUUCUUUACAAUCAUUCCAAUGGCAGCACAAACUGAAGGUAUUUAUGUAGGCACAGAUCAUUGCUACAUCAGAAUAAAUCAAGUAUUGAGUAAAUAAUACCCCCAGUUUUAUAAUACAGUCUACCGGUGCUUUCAUUGUGGUUUCACGGUAAUACCACCAUGCCCUCCUUCUGUUAUGAUUGACGCAAGGAGUGUCAUUACUUGAAAUUUGCAGAAUGGUAAGCACUAUAAUUUAUUGGAGAUCUUGUGCUGUUGGCUGACCCAAACAAGGUACUGUUGAAUUGAGGUGUUGUAACAGUUUUUUUAAACUCUCAUGCAUGAGUACAAGUUGAACUAUUUGUAGUAUAUCUUCAUCGUUUCUUACGAAGUGUAUGGGAGAAAGUGAUAACUGGUCACAGACAUCAUUUGGAAUAAUGUUGGACUCAGGCAUAGUGGUCCCUGAUCUAACACGGAGCAAAGGGAAACCAUUUACGGAUUUGGUUGUGUCGCAGAUAGCCCGGCAUGCUCUCAUGUAAUUCUUGAUCUACGGCGGAUUACCCUUUUCUAUAUUAAUGGAACGCCGCAUAGUUCUCUUGCGCAUUCAGAAAAAAUAGUUUUGCAACCUUUAAAUUUUGAUGAAGCCUUUGAUAAUUCUUUUUAUCUUCUAAUUUUCUUUUGACUGUGCUUAACGUAUGACUUUACCUAUUAUGAUUUUGCACCACAGUUUCCCUUCGCUGUUUAUAUAUGUUGGGACUAUUGAUUUUUUUAAGUGAUCUUCAGUUCCUCACAACAGAUUUCUUUUGGAGAUUUCACUGAUCAGUAUGUUGGAGAUCUGCAGAUGACACUUCUUUAUAUGCAAGUGCAAAAAGAUUUCAGGUUCUGUCCUCUUUUCUUUGUUGGAACUAUCAGGUCGCGUCCUCUUGCAAUGCAGGCAUUGUUAAGGACUUGAGGCUCAGAUUUCACAUUUGGGUUUUUUCUUUUGAGGAAAAAAUACUUAAUAUUGGUAUAUCCUAGACCUUUUCAUUUGAACUUCAUGAUGCCCUGAUAGAUAUAACA